AUGGAAAAUAUACCGGCUUCUCAUCAUGCCCGACUGCUUUGUCGCCAAAAUCAGUUAACAAAUACGGCUGGUAUUGCUCCGGGCUACUUGCAAGCCAAUUUACUUGUAUUGCCGGCCAAAUAUGCUGCGGAUUUCCAUGACUUAUGUCUUCGUAACCCUGUUCCUUGCCCUUUACUGGGUAUGACCUCUGUUCCGGGUGACGCAAGUGCUAUUCAACCUUCAAAAUGUAUCCAAUCGCAGGAUUUCGACAUUCGAACGGAUUUCCCCAAAUAUCGAGUUUAUUCGGGCGGAAAAUUUAUCGAGGGCCGUCGUAACUUGUUGGAUGUGUGGAGAGAAGAUCAUGUUGGAUUUUUGAUCGGGUGUUCAUUCUCAUUUGAAGAUGCUUUGGCCGCAGCAGGCCUGCCACCUCGUCACCACAAGACUGGCACGAUAGUUGCGAUGUAUCGGUCUAACAUCCCACUAUUACCCGCGGGAAUAUUCACUGGGGGUCACUGUAUUGUUUCCAUGCGACCAUACCGCCCGGAAGAUAUCGAGAGAGUGAGAGAUAUCACACGGGUGUAUCGACUGACCCACGGAGAGCCUGUCGCAUGGGGAUGGGAUGGUGCAAAGCAAUUGGGGAUUGUUGAUAUCGACAAGCCAGACUUUGGUGAGCCACAGUCAUUUGACGAGGGCGAAGUCCCCGUAUUUUGGGCGUGUGGAGUGACGCCUCAGAUAGCUGUUGAAGCUGCAAGUGAUAAAAUUGAAGGCCUAGUAUUUGCCCACGAGCCAGGGCACAUGCUCAUUACUGAUUGGACGGCGGAUAUUCUACAGAGACUCAAGCUUGGCAUUGUUUAG